AUGGCAUCAUCAAGUAGCAACAAGCGCCAACGAUUGGAACCCCCUGCCGGUCACCAGGACAAUGUGUUGCAUGACACACACAACCUACCGCACUACAAGGAUCUUGCAGACCAGCCUCUCAUGAUGUACGAAGGAACCCCAACCGAAGCUCAAUUCGUCGAGAUUGUCGAAAAACUAGAUCAGUCCGACGUACGGAAGCUCUUGCACCAAGCUGUCGAUUAUCUGGACCAGUCGGAUGUACGCAAACUUCUGGUAAAUGCUGCAGUCUCGAAUGAGCUCGUCGAAACCAAGGUCGUGGGCGAAUUGACACGUAUUCGAAGGCUCUGUGAGAAUGAGCAGGUGAGGAGGUAUCAGGAGUUAUUUACUCCACCAUUGCAACCAGCGCGACCAGUCCCACAGCCCGAGCGUCCAGUCGUGCUUGAGACCGAGACCGAGACCGAAGCACUUGGGCUCGAGAAAAAUAUCCAACAGGUCGACGACAUUAUCAACAAGAGAUAUGCCAAGUUGCGCGGUCCAAAACAACUCGAGAAAGCAGGGGAAGCUGCAGAUCUGGUCAAGCAGGAGAUCGCAAAGAUUGCACAAUCUACCACCUGGAGAAGUCAAUAUGAGACAAAGAUGAAUGCCAUACUCGCCCUACUAGACAUUGGCAACAUCAUCAUUGACGGUACAAACAGCAUCAGUGCCGAAGUGCGCAAACAGGUCGGCUACAAUGAGAGCUUCGCAAAAACAGUGAUGGACAUUGUGGCUCUCAUGUUACCCAGUGAGGUACAGGCCUUCGCCGAGGAUGAUAUUCAAACCCUUGAGGAAUUUAGCAUCAAGAGGAGGGCCUGUGAUAUUUUUGAUGGCUUCGAAGAGGUCGUCAACCAUUUCGGAUGUACUCUCCUGGCAUCUUCGGGACUUGGAUACAAUCCGUACGGUGACGAUGACUAUGGCGAUAUCGACGAGUAG